AUGCUUAGAAGAACAUUAAGAUAUUUCGCUACAUAUUACGAAAUUCUAGAUGUUCCAAUUGAAUCAAACAGCCAGCAAAUCAAAGCAGCAUACUAUAAACUUGCUAGAAAAUACCACCCAGAUGCCAUGCCAAACAAAGACAGCACCAAAUUUAAAGAAAUUAAUGAAGCCUAUGCAACCUUAGUCGAUCCUUCAAGAAGAGAAGACUAUGAUCGAAAAAUAUUAAACGGAGGAGACCCACAUACAACCACUUCAAGCACCACAGAAAGUCAAGAUAAAAAUGAAGACCCAUUUACCAAAAAAUCAACUGCAUAUGGCGGAUUUGACAUCAAUGACUCUGAAUAUCACAAAUUCUGGGAAAAUACCCAGAAAAAAGAAAAUUUCAACAUAUAUGAGCAAAGGCGGCAAGAAUUUUUGAAGAAAAAAAGAGAACAGCUCCAUCCUAAUGACAGUCCUGAGGCACAUAAAAUGUUUUGGGACAGCUGAAGAGACGUAAAUUUUUCUGUCGCAAUGUAUAUGGCAUUUUUUGGCUUAAUUAUAUGAUAUUAUAGAAACAACACUUGGUCAGCUAUAGAGAAGAAAAUGGGCCUAAAGCUGCAGGAAGAAGUGCAAAAUAUAAGAAGAGACAGAAGGCACCAAGAAUAUAAAGUAGUAAAUACUGUAGACGAUUAA